ACCCGAUCCAGUUGCUGAGCAAUUUUUUAAAAUUCUGAUUUAAGCUUUAAAAUUGUUACACAUCCUUUACCUCGAACUUCCUGCUUAGAUUUGUGAAGCAGGUGAGCUAAAAACCCAUACAAAACAAAUGGUGAAGAGUCGCAGGAUCGCUUAAUUAAUUGUGUCUUGUUCAAAAAAGGCUGGAGGAGGCUGUCUCAAGGAAUGAGGAAGCUGGUUUCUUCAGGAGGUAGUUCAUUCAUUCAUCUCAGGCAAUGACAGAACUGGUUUAUUCAGGGCUUCAGUCUGGAAAGAAAUCUCCAGGAGCUUCACAGAGACAUGAGGGAAGCAGACAUUGAGCCAAACAAGGAGAGAUUGGGAAGCUUGUUUAAAUAGAAAGGACUAGGGAACCUUGACAGUUUCAUUGUAUAGCACGCAUCAAGCGUGAGUCCUUGAGGAUGGUCUGGAUUGUGACUAUCACUCUCCUACUUUUCUCUUCACAUGCCUUGUGUACAAACCCAGGAUUGAAAGUGAGAGUAACACAGAAAGCCUUGGAAUAUGGUCGGGAGAUUGGGAUACAGGUGUUGCAACAGAAACUACGGGAGAUUCAGAUUCCAGAUGUCAGUGGCAAGGCAGAUGUGCCUGUGAUUGGCCACGUACAUUACCACAUCACAGGGAUACGCAUUAAUGAUAUUAGUCUGCCUCAGUCUGCAGUAGGAUUCUAUGCUGGAAACGGCAUUAAGCUGUCCAUUGACAAUGCCUAUAUACACUUAACUGGACACUGGAGAGUGAAGUAUCUUUUUAUAUCGGACAGUGGUUCAUUUGACCUCUCAGUGAACCAUCUGUCAAUAUCAGAGGCAAUAGGAAUGACCCGAGACAAUACUGGGCGUCCUGCAGUGCACAGUGCUGGCUGCACAGCCAAUGUUGGCAGCUUAGACAUCACCUUUCACGGAGGAGCCAGCUGGCUGUACAAUCUCUUCUCUAGUUCCCUGGAGGGCCCCAUUCAUUCUUCUCUUAACCGAGAGAUUUGUCCAAAAGUCUCCAGUGCGAUCAAUGGGUUGGAACAACAUCUGAAGACUAUGAAGAUCUCUUCCCACGUUGACAAAUAUGUUGAAAUUGAAUAUUCCCUGGUUAAUCCAAUUGCAAUCACAAACAUAUUCAUGGACCUGGAUUUUAAGAGUGAAUUUUAUAGUGUGGCACAGCAUAAAGAGGCUCCCUUCAGUCCGCCCCCGGUUAGCCUCUCCGAACAAACUGAUCACAUGAUGUACUUGGGGCUGUCAGAUUUCUUUGCUAAUUCAGCAGGAUUCGCCUAUUAUGGAGCCGGUGCCUUGCAUGUGAACAUCACCAAUAAUAUGAUUCCAAAACAAUAUCCUGUCAGAUUAAACACAUCAACCUUCAGAUUUUUAAUACCUCAGGUGGAGAAGCUCUAUCCCAACAUGCUGAUGCUAAUGAACCUCCAUGCCAACCAACGUCCUGUUCUGAAAGCUACACCAAACAACAUCACCAUUCAAGCAUAUGGUGCUAUUGAUACAUUUGCAAUCCUCCCUAAUUCAUCUCUUGCACCGCUUUUUGUCCUUGACAUCUGUGCUAGUGUGUCUGCUAAGAUGGCUAUCUCUGAGAUGAAACUGACUGGAUCGUUGAAACUCAACAGUCUACGCCUAUCCCUUGGACAUUCUGAUGUCGGCCCUUUUAAGGUGACUAUGCUACAGGGGCUAUUGAACAUUGCAGUUAAGGCAGUGGUGUUACCGAAAGUCAAUGCAAGACUAGCCAAUGGAUUUCCACUUCCAAGUGUGGAUCGCUUAAGCUUUGUAAACCCACUCCUUAAGGUGAACCAGGAUGUCCUGGUGAUUGCGACUGACAUCCAUUAUGGUUCUUAACCGACUGCUGUUGCCAGCAAAGACAGAGUGAUGGAAACAAGGCCAGCCACUUGACUGCUUUGAUUACCUGGAAUAAUCCAACCAUUUCUUAAGAUGAGGACUGCCAGUGCUUACAAGAGGCUAUAGAUUAAAUUUGACCACAUUUUCUGUCAAAAUAUUGUUAAUUUCUAAUUUGACACUUUUCAAUCAAGUGAGAUUUUUCAUGAAAAAUGCAGUGGCAAAAAGUGGAACUAGUUUCAGUCACUGUUGUUUAGUCAUCAGAAAUAAGAAACAAAGCCUCACUUUGAGGGGUAAGUGAAGUGUUUCAGAACAGCAUUUUACUUCCCAUCAGUGAAGUGUACAUGGCAUUAAUUUUGCUGAGUAUGUAUGUGGUGUUGUCACUUCCUCUUAUGUGGUUCUUUGUUAUUUUUUGUUUCUCUUUUAAACCAAAAUCAAUCGGCUACAAAUAUUUGUGAUUCACCUUAUCAAAUCCUUCUCAAUGUACAUUUUUAAGAGCACCAGGUUUAAGAAACAAAAUUAACACUCCUACAGAACUGAAUCUCCUUCAUUCUCCCAUACACUUGUUAAUAUUUCUUGUGCAGAUUAUUUUCAAAAAUGCAAUGUGCAUGUCCAUUGACCGGGGCUAUGAUCUUGUACAUGGUACUCACUGUAAUGCUUUACUGAAGCUAUUUUUGAUGCUGUUCUGCCUCCAGCCGUGCUAAAAUUCAAAAUAUAAAUGUGUUAAGGAAAAGUAUCAGUAAAAUUUUCCAGUACUUUACUGUA